CAUUUAUUGGAGAAGCGCGCAGUUUGCAACCAUGUCGCCUUCUUUUUUCAUUUCUUUCUCGUAAAUUUUCUUGAUAUGUCACAAAAAUGGCAGCUUUAAAGACAACAAAAAGGCAAAGAAGUUUCGAGGCUUUCAGCUCUCCAUUUUCAGCUGUCUUUACAUCUGCUGGGAAGCAACAAAACGAGAAGGCGUUGAAGCUGGCCUUCUACAACACAGCUGCUCUGGUAUUCGUGGCGUUGAGCGGUUGUGCUGCUGUUGCCGUUUACUAUGUUCUGGGGCCAUUUAUUCGUCCUCUCUUGUGGGCAGCUUUAUGUGGAGCCUUCUUAUUUCCGUUUAAAUGGAAACUUACUCUAGUUGUUCGAGGAUUUCUUCGUUCUUUAAGAGAAUCUAGGACACCUUUGGUGGUUGGAGCGAUGAUGGUGCCAUUUCGGUUAGGCAAUAAAUUUUCAGACUUUGUUGGAUCUUUUUUCCUGGAAAAGAAACGUAACUUCAUCUUGUUUUCCCUGAUUGCCGCUGUUGUUUACGGUCUGUACAUUAUUCAGCCGUUUAAUGAGAUUGUGUGGAUUUUAAAAGGAUGUGGUUCGUUUGUCCACAUGCUGUUAGACAUAUUUAGCAAUCCCUUCCUGGUUAGUAUCAAUUCUUUUACUGAUUACUGUAAAAUUGAGGAUCAGAUGCUCAUGGAGUGUACAUCAGUGACAAAAGCGAAAACGAAAGAGCUGCCUCAGUGUUGCUAUUUAAGAGAUACAUUUGCCUGAGCCCGCGGCUCUAGUUGCAGAACAUUUUUCUGUUUUAAGAGGUUGCCUGCCUGUGCAAGUGGGAGCAUUGGCUGUACUUUAUAUUAGCAGUUAAUGGGCCAGGACCUGAGGGGGCAGGGGGUAAACUAUGUAUUUUUAGGUGGGGUUCAUCACUGAGGCACUGGAAACUUUAGAACCCUUAUCCUCACUCCAUUUUGCACCCAUUUUAGAUUAGCAGGGCUAUUGUAAAACAAUUCAAAAACUGGCAUUAUGAUAAUUUGAUUGCUAGCACUUUAUCAGAGAGAUUUACCCUCUCACUUCUCAGUCCUGACACCGUAAUUUUCUACCUUACUUUCUUUUUGUUUUGCUCAUCCUGACCUGGCAUUUAUGUGCCUGCCCAGAUAGACCACAAAGCAUUUUUUUAAUUAUUUGAAGGGAAGGAUGAGUGGUGCUAAAGAUGGUGUUGUCACCACCAAUGUUAACAUAACUUACCUGACUUACAAUCGUAUAGUUUUGCAACAUCUCAAAACACCCUAAACUUAGCAAUGGUAACUAGACAAGGCUCAUAUAGUCUUUAACCUUGGUGACACCCUGCAAGCAAGUUCUUAAGGGGGAAGGGGGCAGGAGAAGAAAGAGGCAUUCUCUUCCCACCUGCACCCCACAAGAGCUUGCUGAGAGGCUACUUUGGCAAUGGAUCUUGUCAAUCACAUGAGGUGUUAGGGGACUGUAAAUGAUCAAACACGUAACAGUACCGUUUUCAUUUCAUGUCUCUUAGAUAUGGACUAUUAUAUUUGGCUAUGUACUAAUCUUGGUAUUCUUUUGGACACCAAGCUCCUCAAGUAUUAUCUCCUUCUUCUCUUUGCCUGUCUGGAUUAUGUUCCUGCUUCAUCUUGUAUCGCUAACUGGUUCUUACAGAAUUCUGUUUUUCAUGUUGCUUGCUGUUUGUUCUAUUGUUGGAUACCUCACUGCUGCUUCUGAAGGGCAUGACCAAGGUAAAUAAUGAAAAAGCUUUUUCUUUGAUUUUUGAGAUGUAGGUGAAAAGAAAGCUUUAAGUUCAGGCAGACUUUAACAAUAAAUUAUUAGCAAUUCUAUUCUCUACUGUUAUGCUCAGCCGAAUAGAAAAUAUUUGUUAUAAGUAUGAAGAGACAAAACAGCACAAUGAUAAAUGGAGGGAGUGCCAGCAAUGAUAGUUACAGCAGAAACAAGGGAUAUAUGGGAAAAAAUACAGAUACAGAGCACUAAGAGUAGAUUUGAGACACAUCAUCUUAAAAAAAGCUUUAACAAGAUAUUCUGAGCAAAAAAUUAACAAAGUGAACAGAGUCAGCUCAUUUUUUAAAAAGCAGUGUGAAAAUACAAGUACAAAUUAAAGAUAGGUAAACCUUGGUUUUCAAGGGAUGUCACAAAAAUCCAAACUCCAAAAUCGCAAGGACUCUUAAGGUUUUAUCUCCAUCUAGCAAAAGAUCUCUUAAAAAUAAACUUCUGUGCAAGUUUUCAACGUGAUAGCAUUUUCCGUUUUGAAAAUAUAGCUCUUUCUAAUUUCCCAAGUUUCCUUUGCGUGACAUUAAUAUGGGGCCCGAGAAGGCCAUCACAUAUGUGACCCUUCACGCGAAAAGGGGGCUUAUGGAUUUCACCGAAAACCGGGAAAUUUUUUCACGGUCACAGUGCGUGAAUUGGACUUUUCACGGCGUGAAUUCAAAAUUUCACGCCGUGUUCACUCUGUGGUGAAUUUCACUGUCGGCGUGAAACUAGCAUGCCGUGAAAGAUAGAGUGAAAACUUUCAUGCCGUGAAUAUAGUAUAGGAGUGACAAUUUUCACGCCGUGAAAUCGAUUGGGGUGAUGAAAGAAGCUUCACACUAUGAAAUCUUACCUUAUGUUUUUCCGCGUCUUAAGGGCCUCUUCAUAUGAGCCCAGUUGACCGGGCUGGCUCGGUUACCGGGAUGAAUUUUGCCUUGGGUUCAUAUGAGAAAUUUCAGCCCGGUUUCCAAGAUGAGAAAAGGCCAAAGAUCUUGGGGACGAGUUCUGGCGCCAAAUUCGGGAAACAAAACAAACAUAGCGAAACACAAAAAUUUUAACUUUCGGGCCUAUCUUAGCAUCGGUAACUCUUAAAGCUGUAUCACUACAGUUAAAUGGGAUGCUUAUGAUGUGGAAAAUACAGCAGGCAAUGCAAGACUAUGCCGUCCGGACCGCCAGAAUGCUUUGGAAGAAACCAUUUGUGCGGAGGAGCGUUGCGUGACGACACGAAAAACGGCGGUGUAGCAGACUAUUUUGGUACCACACAGUCUGACAUUAAUUAAGUUGAUAGCGUAUACGUAGACAUUUUUUUCUGUAUCUUCGUUAUUUGCUUGUACAAGAGAGCUAAAUCAGAUAUAUUUUAGGGAUAAAAACUUACAAACUCCAUUUAAAAAGAUUACAUUUUGAUAAAAAUACUCGAAAAAUAGUGUUCAUUUUAUUGUGGAAGGUGACCAAAUGGCAGUUUUAUCCAAGAGCAUGUUAUUUGUAUUUUGGUGAGACGGACUCAUUCUGUCCUUUUUUGGUAUACUGAUAUUAUUAUUGGCUUUAUAUCCAUUGUGGUGUUUGUCUUAUCUUUCAGUUGCUAAUAAAGAUGACUGGAAAACCAAAAGACAGCGACUCUUCAGAAAUCUAUCAAUAGCAGCUACUGCCUUGGUCACCUCUUUACCAAACUCAAAAUCAAAGGACUCUUCUGAGGAGAGUAAGAAAGAGUCGGCAUCUUCUGUUACUUCAUCUCCUCCACAGGCCUCAGCUGCCAUAGACUGUACAGAUGGAAGGGACAUUAUUGAGGGACAAGGGCUCUCAAAGCGCCGCAGAGGAAUACAAGAAUUGGAGCCAAAAUUAAAGCUGAAGAAAGAGGGAAAAUUUACAAACAAGAGCAAAGUAUACUUUGUGGCUCUAUUCUGGGGAAUUCUUCUUUCGCGCCUUUGGCUUCAUUGGAACUACAUAAUGAUUUUGCUGUUGCCAGCAAUGUUUUAUGCACUGAAGCAGCUUUUUGCAUAUUGGGGUUCAUCAAUAACUUCAAGUUCAUGGUGGGUUUUUAUCAUCUCUCAGUGGGAAAAACUCAAAAGUUGGGCAAAUGAAAGAAAACAGGCACUGAUUCCAACACAGCUGAGUAGUUUGUUUAAAGGAGGAAUUAAAGUUGAUCGGACAGUAAGUUAAAUUUUAUUAAUAAUCGAUUAUAUUAUUUAUUAUUAUUAUCAUUAUUAUUAUUAUUAUUAUCAUUAUUAUUAUUAUUAUUAUUAUUAUUAUUAUAUGGCUACAAUAGUACACACACUCUGGCUGUUUUCUUGUAAUGACCUGGCAUUAUUUUCUUGUAUAGACUGUUCACAGACCAAUCAAACACCUGCGUUGCUGGUACAACGCAUUCCCUAAACAUGAGCUGCAGUGAUAUUAUUACAGUCCCUCUAUUUUUCUCGCUUCAAACCCAAACCACCCCCGCCCCAAGUAGUUUUGACACUCAUGCAAGAUGGCAGCCCGUAACGCAAAGCGCUCGAUCUCAACGAUCUCACAGAAAAAUAGGGGACUAUGAAGAGUCUAUUCUUGUAAUGACUGGGCAUUACUAGCUAGGUGUCCAAGCCGUAUUCAAUCUGUGUUUAACUUGAUAGUGGACGUCCUUAUGGACAUCCAUGUUAUGGUCAAUUGACAGCUGUCAAAAGGGUCUCCACUGACCAUUGUCACCUAACUGUUUCAUGGGCUCAAGUGUACAACCUCAUUGAGGCGACAAGUUUUUUUCAAGUUACCCACUGACCAGUUGUUGGUUUUAAUAUUGAUCAUUGGCUCAGGUCCAUAAUGAAUGUCAUUUAAUACAUAGGUAGAUAACCUCAUCUUUUCGGUCAUUACUGGGAAAUCACAGACCUCGGCCUUGAUGUGUUGACCUCGCUAUCACUCAGUCAAUGUAUCAAGGUUUCAGUCUGAGAUUUCCCUGUAAUGACCUCGCUCUCAGUUAAUAAGUAGUAUUUAUUACUAUUAUUAUUAUUAUUAUUAUCAUUAUUAUUAUUGUUAUUAAGGAAGUAAUAUUUAAAAAACGUUUAUUAGUUAGGUCUACCCAUAUGGACAGUUAAUCAUUUUAGUCGAGAGAUUUCCCAUCUGACAUGGCCUUUACCAUCUGAGACCAUUGUGCAAAGCAAAUGGCAAAGGCAAUAUUUCAUUUGUAAUGUUAGUUUCUACUUCAUUAUUGCUCAAUGUACUCACUUCAACUGUUUGUAAUACUGCAUCAUUUAGAUCAACAGUAUAAUGGAUAAUUCCAUGGAGAAUAUCAUAAGUAUUUUUAUGGUGCUGUUCCUUAUUGUGGCCUUCUCCCUCAUUGCAGUUUUCUUUGCAGUACAGGUAUCUCAUUUCCUUUUUAUGUUUAACUAAACCCUUUAGUUAAAUGGGUGGGAACAUAGUAUAGUGGAACUCCAUUAAUACAGUCACCAAUAGGUCAUAGAAAUUUGGUUGUGUUAAUGGGGUGGCCGUAUUACCAGGGCAGGCUCAGGGCUGGAAUGACAAAUGCACCAUACAUCGCAGGGCUGUGCUCUAGCAGAGCCCAGUGGCUCGUGGCGCCCAACUGUUGCUCCUGGGCGACUAGAUGGGCAUGCUAGAUUUUACAGGUUCAGAGCACUGGGCACCCUUCAAUUUUCCUAAGAGCACAGCCUUGCAUCGCAUUCGCACCUCUUGAACAACUGUUAUCUUUAACAAACACCCGGAAUGUAGACAUCGCUAUCUAGAGUAAUUACAAAAAUUACUCUAAACUUUUCUUUAUUACUUGAAACAUUUCAAUUAAACCACAGCAAAUGCAUUUUGAGUGUACUGUAGUCUAAAGACAAUACAAGAACUGGCUCAGCUUGCUAGGUCAGGGAAAUUAAUGUGUCAUAGGCAUUAUUUUUCAUUUUCUAAAUUUUGAACGAGUGGCCGUAUAUAGUAUUUAACAGGGUGAAGUUAUAAAAUAUUCUACUGUUUGAGAUUUUAAAAUGUGGCUUUUUGCUUUAUUAUUGCAUUUGCGCAUUAACGAGGGUUUUUUAUAAGAAAAUGUAUGACCAUUUUGCCAGGGGAAAAAAAAUGGCCGUAAUAACAAAGCUAGUGACUGUAUUACUGAGGUGGCCAUAAGGGGGUUUCCACUGUAAACAGGAAUGUGGCAACUUUAAGCAGGAUGGACAAUUUGAAACCUCUGACACCCGUCCCCUCACUACUUAUUUAUUUUAAAGGCAAGAUGGCCGACUGUAAUAAUUAUUGGAAAGCUCUUGAUCUUGAUCUUACAGAAAAAUAGUGGAUUGUGAAUAGUCUAAUAAUUUAUUAUUAUCAUUUUGAUUAACCCAUUCGCCCCUGAACCGCCCGUAAUCGCCCGUGCGGAUCCAGGUCCUUUCUACCCUUUGUGACAUCAUCAGUUUUAACUGUCAAGGACAACUUUCUUGGCUAACUUGUGUAGAGUGAAGAGAUCAGUCAAGGACACCAGAGAAAGAAGCAAAAAACCACGUGACAUUGACCUGAAAAUCUCCAUGAAAAUCCUGUUCCAUUGUCCACCUACCUUUCCUUUCACCUAAUCCUAAGAUCCUAAAAGCUUUCCUAAAAACUCUUCCCACCAAAAUGAAGCCUACUAAAUGCCCAGCAAAAGAAAAAAAAAUGAGGCAAGAAAAGCGAAAAAAGAAGGGAGGAGAGAAAGCGAAAAGUAAAAGUCAAGACUGCUGUGUCACUUUUAAACGGAAAAACUAUCUCGAAAUUUUGCUUUCUGCACUUGCCCGAACUUCGCAAGCUGAUGUUUUGCAUCUGGAUCAGAAGGCCGCCAAGUGUAUGACCUGUAAACCGGUUUGUGGUAAGUUUUAGCCCUUUAUAGCACGACAGUGACCAGAAAACCGCUCGACUAGCUUCAAAACGUGUUUUUCGGCAAAAUCUCCAGGAACGAAUGGGUUAAACUGAUCUCCAUGGUUUCUGCUGGAUUCUUGGUUUAGUUAACUGAUAUCAGUCUACAAACAAUAAUAAAAAUAAGAACAUUUUUAAACCUGAAAUCGCUAGUCAACUUCCUUUUCCAUUUUUACAAAAUCACCAUAAGUAAUUAGUGCCUUUAAGGAGCAUUUUCAGGACUCCAUCUCUCCUUGCUAAACAAUGUUAACAUGAUCACUUGUACAGAAAAACUUUAAUUUGGUUUGCCUUUCUUCUUUAAGUACACUAUGAAUGAUAUUCUUAACUACUAGGUGAAAGUAAAGUAAGCUACCUUUCUCUAAUUUGAGUGCUGAUUAUUUUAAUUCCUCAUUCUUCAGGUCCAUCAUGAAAGUGCCCAGUUAGUAUCUGUGAGUGCAAACUUAGUGAACAAAGUUAUGGCUAACAAUCCCCAGCUUGUCAAGUAAGUAAGUGUUGGUGGUAGCUCCUUCAAUCUUAUUCAGACUAGAGCCUACAGUACAUGUACAGAAAGUGUUAAAAAGUUUUGGAAAACAAUUCAAACAUCACAAUAACAGAGUUGGAGAAGUCAGGCAUGAGGAUGAUCUUUAUUACAAUUCAUACUUACGGUUGUGUAAACUAUAAAAAGCACGUUAUUUGAAUGUCAAUGCAUUUAGCACAAAAGUAAUAAUUGGGGACACUUUUUAUUUUUACGUGAUCAUCCUUGCCAUGUAAAGGUCUAGCCAUUUGCUGUGCACCGGCAGUCCCUUCAUUUCCAAGUUAUUUUAAAACCCUGAGUAUUGGUCCAGCCCUGGGAAUUGAACGUGCAACAUCCAGCUUUACAGUCAAGUACUCUACCAUCUGAGCUAAUCCUGUCGUGGUUAAAAUAAUAAAAAUAAUAAUCAGUAACUUCCAAAGUGUUCUUGAUUAUUGUUAUUUGAUUGUAUUAGUUGGAUUCAGGAGAACAAGGAACUGAAAAACACCAUGGAACAAGCUAUAGAAAGGGCAUACAAACAUGGAAGAACUUUCAUAGCAGCCAAGGUGAAGGCCAGUCUGUCAUUGUUAAAAUGAAUCUCUUCUUAAGCCAGCUGGAGAAGUUAGAGACAGUAAUUGAGAGUAAUGUAAAUUUCCCCACAAAUUUGUUUCUAUUUUAAAGUCACAAGUUCUAACUAAGAAAGUGAGUUCAUCUACCUGUAUUAAAAAAUCGAGGAAAUAAAAAAAAGAAAUAAAAAUUUGUGAAAUUAAUACUAAAAACUUAUGUUUGUUAUUGUUAAGACAUUAGGGCCAUUUACACGAGGAAAAAUAAGACGCGUCUUACAUAAGACGCAUCUUAAAUAAGACACGAACUUUCCAUACAAACGGCACAUUUCGUCUAAAAUAAGACGCGUCUUAUUUUAGAACAGCCCUUAACACCUGUUCUUAGAUAAGAUGCGCCUUAGCUAAGACAAGAAAAACUUUGUAUAAAAUAAUGACCUUCACAUCUUACAUAAGACGCGAACGCAUAGUAUGCAUGCGUAAAUUUUUGGCGCACCACGUUGGAUUGCCUUUGCUACGGGCAACAUUCACAUGAAAACGAGUCAAACAGACAUAAUACGCGAACCAGUUAUAUGAGCUGUUCUCGUCUAAGAUAGGACAUGCUCGUAUAAAUGGUACAGUUCACGCCUUAUUUAAGACACAUCUUAUUUUUCCUUUAAAGGGCCCUCUUGUUAGUCCUCCUGAUCAUAAAUAGGCUAUUCCUGGAAAAACAGGCUCUCUUUGAUAUGGAAACCAGUAGUAUUUUUUAUUGUUGUUGUCUUAGAUUUUGACAGUUAUAGAUAAAGUUUAAUGUAGUAACCUGUGACUUUACAACUGUGGAAGAGAUGGUCUCUAUGAUUUCACUGUUAAAAGUAAAUUGUUGAAUUAUGUGUAAUAAUAUUGUUAUGUUGUUUCCACUGUAGGUGCAGUCCAUGUUUGGUGACAGUAACUCUAGUGCCAUCCAAGAACAAGUGCUUGACCUGACAGAUCGUAUAUAUGAUUCAUGGCUAACUUGGGUAAGCAAAAUUAUGGGUGUCCAUAAAAAGGAUAGGAACCAAGUCCCCCUUCCUACUCCCUUGAGCUGAUCUGUCCCCCUCCCCUUGACUUUAAAUAAUUCAGUUGAAAACUUUGUCAGAGCAUUGUAACUGACAGCAUUUGGUCAACAACUGAAUGCUGAUUAUAACUACUAAUAAUAUUUCUCUGUGAUGAUAAUCAUCACAAAGAAAUAUUAAUAGUUAUACUCAGCAUCAAGUUGUUGACCAAAAUUUGUGCACUAAUGUUUUUGAUUUUUUUGGUUGUGAAAAUGUUGUAACCUUUUGACCCAGUUUGGUGUAUACUGUUUGACUGACAGCUUUGUUUUUUAUUCUCAGGGUAACUCGUCGGCAACAAAAGAAGACUCUAACAAUGGAACAAUCACAACAGUAGAGAAACCAAAGAGUAUAAACGUGACUGAUAUGUUCUCCUGGAAAAACCUGAUGAACCUGUUUAAUGUGUUUGACUUGAGAGUCGCUUUUUCAUAUGUAAGAGAAAAUCUGGGAACUUUGCUGUCUGUAAGUACAUCAUUUUGUUGUGACCUCUUUCAAUUCUAUAUAGAACUUUAUCGUCAGUCUAAAAGUUGGCUUUUGACUUGUGAUUCAAAGAAACAAAUUUAAAAAUGGGCCUUUUUCAGUCAAAACCUAUUUUGUUUUGUCCUUUUCACUUUAACUUUAAAAAAAAAUAACAUAAAAGAAUUAAGGAGCUAUAGUGUGUUGUUGUCUUAUGUGUAUACAUGCAGUAGUGUUGUAAUCCUGUUUUCCAUUAUUGUAAUGGAACUGGUAAAUAAUUUACACUAAACAAUACCUUAGCAACAGUAAAAUAAUAUGACUGAUGUUUAUACUCUGUGAUGUCUGACAUUUUUGUAAUUUUCAUUUUUUGCUUUCAGUUGUUGGAGUCCAUUUGGAACUUUUUGAAAGGAAACAUCAGUUUUGCUUUUAACCUCGUUACCACUGUUCUAUCUAUUGUGUUCUUCAGUGGUGCUUACCUUCUCAACACUGGCUUGUCCAUGGUAAGUUUUGUGCAAGUAAUAGCAUACUAUGAAAUCAUUAUUUUGUGGUGUUAUAAAGUCUUUGUAAUAUGUAAGUUUAUGAUGAUUUCCAUGCCAGUCAUAUUGUACAUGUAAAUAAUGUGCAGGUAUAUCCUUUACUUUCCCUUCCAUCCUGUCUGUCUUUCGUUCUGUUUAAAAACAUGAAUGUUGUUCAACACAAAAAAAGCUCUCUUCAAAAUAAAUUUUCUUUUACAAGCACAGAUGACCAGGCAAGGUAACUAUAAUUUCAAGUACGGUAUUAUCUGCAAUAAUUGCUGACUGGACAUAGCCCUUUGAUGGGGACAAAAGCUGUUGUUGACUCUGAGUAAAUUCAGUGGUGUCUGUUUGUGUUCUUUCAGAUCGUUUUUGUAACUGCAUUGUUUUAUUUAUUGAGUUUCUCUGGGGAGCAGUACAAGCCUGUUGAAUGGUUUGGUAAAUUAACAGCUACUGGAACAUCUGGAUUUGGAGAUUCUGCAUAUGGAGCUAUCAGGUUUGUAUAAACAGUCAAUAAAGACUCUCUGGGCUGUUAGAAUUGUAAUUUAUUUAGACUUACAUUUUGAAAUACCUGCAUACUGCUACUGAAAAAAGACCAAAGAUUUUGAAUUCCUUUGCCUCAUGACAGACAUCUUGGGAAGGUAUUAUCAUUAGUCUGGUCAUAAUAAGUGGGUAGCCAACAUUUGAAGAAGAAUAUUUGCUACCUAUACAAGUACACUUAAUGUAUUGCUUCUAAUGAAUGAAUUGCUCAAGCCCAAGUUGCCACUACUACUUCUGUUGCUCUUGUACAUCCACCCUAUACAGAUUCAUCCAAUGUUUUAACUAGGAUGGAUUUACAGCCAUUUCAGAUAUGGAUUCUGAAAUGCAAGCAGAAGCAAAGAAAAUCUAUUGAAGUAUUUGUAGCAGCUUUCUCCACAGAUUGCUCUUCUCCCCCCUUCUCAGCUGUUCUGCUUUGUAGAAAAGGCACUGGAGACAAGGUUGCUGCGUGCCAAACAGGCCAGGAGCAACACUAUUUUUAAGCUCAGUCAGUGAAGUUGCAAUUUUUCUCAAAAGUCAAUUAACAUUGCUGGCCUUUUUGGAAUGCGUGUUUAUAUUGAUUGCGCUGAUUUCUGGAUUAUUGACACAGAGAAAGUUUCAUCCAUUAGAAUAAGUAGUAAUAGGGAUCUUAUGAUCCAACAACAGCAUGACCAUGAAAACCUCGCUGAAAAAUAGACUCGCCAUUCAUUCAAACCAUUUCGCAGUAAUCUCAAGUCGCCGAGUUACUUAAAAGAAGGGAAUUUAUAUUGGAGCUGAAGAGAGGGGGCCACACCCGAAUUCAGACACAGAUGGUAGAAUGUAUCGCCUUACCGUUCCCGUCCUCAGAAUAAAUUAUUAAAAUUUGGUAAUUUCACGUCAUAGUCAUGCAGGGACAGCAAAGAAAUGUACAAGAAAGCACGAUACACGUGCAGAGUUGUUGUUUUGCUAACUAAACCUAUUGCUUUUUGAUGUUGCCGUCAUAGUUUCGUAGGGUUCCUAAUAUCAGAUACCUAAAGAAGUGAUUUCUCAACUUAAUAGUGUAUAAACAACACUGUACAUUAAUAAGUAGUGUUAUUUAUUUUAAUUUUAUCUUGUAAUGUGUUACAUACUAAUUUUUGUAGGGGUGUGUUUGGAGCAGCAGUUAAGAUGGCAGUGUUCUAUGGCAUCUAUACAUGGUUCACCCACACAACAUUUGGUGUUAAUAUUGUCUACAUACCUUCUGGUAGGCUCAUCAUGCCCUCACCCCCUCCCCUCCCACCACCACUAGUGCUAACAGGCACAAUAUACCCUGUCUGUCUUAUUUUUUGGCGGUAUUAUUGUUAAUCUACAUGUUGUGUGGCUAGUGCUGAAAAGUAGUUUCAAAUUAAUAAAUUACCGCAUGACUAUUUAAUACAUUAUUCUAGUUGAAAAUUGAAUGUUUAAACCUACAGUAUGUAAAGUGAAAUAAUACCCCGUGCCUCAAUGUGAAUAUCAACAGUGCACUUACAGUAGCCAGUUUGAUUAAUAUGCUGAUUGCUUUUCAGUUAACAUGACCAUUCUGCACCAAUCAGAAGUUGCACAUUAAUUUUUUUUUCAGAAUCAUGGGGUUUGCGGUCAAGGGUGUCUUUUUCUUCCCCUCCCCCUUCCCCUUCAUUCCUCUUUUUUGCUCUUUUUCCAACUUUCGUGACACACUUGCACAGAAAAGUUUGCGACUUAGGCUUAGGUUUAGGUUGUGCAGAAAUGUUGUUGAGUUGAAAACCUCAAAACUAAUCAAUAUCAACCCUAGAACAACCAUUGGAUCGGAUUGCAUAUCUUUGUUUUUCUUCCUUCAGCAUUUGCAGCCAUAACUGCUGUUGUUCCAUUUAUUGGUACAUACUGGGCAGCAGCUCCUGCUGUACUUGAACUGUGGCUGGUACAAGGACACGGAAUAAUGGCUGCUGUGCUUGCAGUCUGCCAUUUUCUACCAACAUACUUUGUGGAUGUUGCCAUUUACAGUGAAAUUACUGGGUAUGCAGUUUCUUCAUUUUGUUUCAAAGUAUCAUUUUGUAUAAACUGACCCUCCUUGGAAAAACACUUGAAAAAGUGACUUCACCUCAUGACUUACAAUCCUAUUGCUGGGCCCUACUACACGUAGUUUAUUGAAAAAUGUUAUUACCAGGAUUAGAAUUGCUGUAAGUUUUUAAUUUGCAAACCCAAAUUCACAUAACAUGGUAUUGUCCAUUUUCUUGAUGAAGUACACCCAACUCACCUCUUGCAAUCACUUUCAUUAGAACCAACACUGUUGAACUUAAGUUUAUUAUAAGUUCUGUUAUCAAAAAAGCUCUCAUAAGCUACGACAAAAACUUUUGUGAUUUUUCCAUUGUCUUUUUUAGAGUUUUUGUAAGCGACGUAUCAGUAAACUCUUGAAUGAAAGCAAUCUAACUGGUCCUUUUAAGGCAGUUCAUAACAAAAGCACAGCCUUUAUUGUACAUUGACUUCAAGUGUAUGGUACUAUAACAAAAAAGAAAGUUAAGAAUAUUAUUUUACCCGAAUGUAUUUGAAAUUAACAAUAUUUUAUACCAAGAAAUUUUCUACAAGUUUUCAGAAGUGAGCUCCCUCAACAAUGAAAGAAUUUGACUUAAAAUGAAGUAUGAUAUAAGGGCCGUAUGCACUUGUUUAAUAUUGCAUAUCAUGAACAACCACAGUACUGCAUUGUAUCAAGGCUUCAAACUUUGUUGAACUGAUCGGCAGUGUAGUGUAUUAGUUCACUGUAUAGGUGGCUCAAAAUUUUAACCCCACAAAGCAAAAUCAAAAGCUCAAGUAAAUUCCACUCCAUCUUACCGGUAUUUUGUUAAGACCAUUGCUGUACUAUUGUUUAUCAACAGGGGUGGCCACCCAUACCUGACUGGUUUAGCUGUUGCAGGAGGAAUCUAUUGUGUGGGUCUUGAAGGAGCCAUCAUUGGUCCAAUUGUGUUGUGUUGCUUGAUUGUCGCUUGUAAUGUUUAUGGUACUAUGCUGGGUGACAGCAGUCCAAUGCCGCCUGAUGUUACCAUAGAGACAAGUGAUAACCAAGGAAACAUGGAUGAAACACAGUAGAACGAUGAGCAGAAAAAAUGAGCUAAGGCACUCUCACUGUCUUGAAUAUCAGUAGUCUGUCACUCUACAGUGUGACACUGAAACCGUCAUUCUUAAAAAUCAAAGAUCAGAAGUCAUGACCAUGUUGGAAAUAUUAAGAUUUAAAUUGCAGUUCCCAACACUUUUUUGUGUUUUCCAAGUCACAGUUGCAUGAGGUUAAAAAGAAGAAAACAAAAGCUUGCAGCUUUAAGUAUUAUGGGUUCAUGUUGUACUGUGUAAUUAACCUAGAGGGUCCUUAAACCAAUAAAUGAAAAUAAUUAAAACGGCUGCAAGGCAGCCAAAUCUUAUUUUUUUAAUAAAAUCCUUUGAACUUGAUAGUAAAGUCUGGCAAAAUUAUAAACCAAAUGUAUGUCCUUGGCUAUUUAUUUCCAAUUUUGUGAGAAAUGAAUGUUGAAAUAUUAUUGACUUUGGGCUUCUUGAAGGUUUAUUUAAUACUCUCAUGAAUGUUAAAAUGCAUUAAAAAAGACAAUGAGUAUAGUAUUAUUAUGAGAUGGGCAUUGCAAAAUUAAUGAUCCAAGAGACCAGCCACUCAAAGCUGUCAUAAUGUACUGGUUUUUCAUUCUACUCAAUGAGUAUUUGAAACUCCAAGGUGAUAUAUGAUAUUAUAGAGUUGCAAGUUUCAAAAAAGUAAGUAUUACUUUUUUAGUGGCAACAGAUACAGUGAUAAUAAUUUAAUUAAAUGCAAUGAAUUUGAGAUCUAUUUAAAUAUUGUUUCAAAUUUUAAGUCACUCGAAUCCUUGAUAAAUAAUAUAUUAUGGUAAAAGGAAUUAAAUAUUUCAACUGGUCAUGAUAAAAUUGUACAUCUUGACCAGUAAAAGAUUUGUUAUCAAUAUCAGAUGCAAAGCCACAACAGAAAUGUUGUAUUGAACAGGCAACACAGUAAACAAAAAUAUAAUAAUAAUACUAAUAAUAAACUGAGGAAAUGUAUCAAAUUAUGUUGUCUUUAAGAAAGUUUGUUUUUUUCUGGGGUUUCUAGUGUUUUCUCUUCCAUGCAGUUUUACUGCAAAAUGUUUGAGAGGAAAUGGAGGUGGUUGACAGAUAUUUUAAAUAAUUAAAAUUUCUGUAGGCCUCGGCGGAUAACACCCUCCCAAUCUCUAUAAUUCUUCAGAUGGUACUCAGCC